AUGUAUUCCGUAGCCUUCGGCCUAUUAUGCACUCAGGCUGCAGUGGGGCAGACCGGCUCUAGCUUGGGCAAAUUGUACUCCAUACAAGGGACCAAGGCUUUCUUAUCAACCACUUCUCAAAUGGCACAGCCACGAAACGCUCAAGCCCCAUGGCGGGAUACUCUAGCAUCGCAUCUCAAACAAACUCCAGGCUACGAGUUCUCAAUAGCUACGGUCACGUAUGACUCAAACGGUCAAGCCGUUCCUCGGGUCCGUACCUGUGGCUGCCGUGGCUUCUUCCCAGAGCUUGAACUUCAUCCUAGCGGACAAAAGGACAUGGAAAAUCAGGUCGCAAAUGACGGAAACCCAUUGGUGUUCGAGAGUGAUAUGUUGACAUUUACAACAGACUCUCGGAUGGAGAAAUUGCCUCAGCUUUAUUCAUCGGGCCAUGCCAUUGAAGCUAUGUUCUGGCUGAAGGAUAAAAUGGUUCAAUGGCGGAUCAAGGGAAGGGCUUUCUCUAUCGGCGAUUGCUUUGGUGUUGAGGAUAAUGAAGGCGAAAAAGCUUCUCGAGGCCAGAUUAAGGAUUACUUGAGGACCAAAGGAGGAUUUGAAGGGGAUGUUAACACAUGGAGCUGGGAAAAGGCUGUGACCAAGUAUUUUGCGAACCACUCCCCGAUCAUGCGUGGUUCCUUUCGCAGUCCCCCUCCUGGACAGCCCCGAUCUCAAUUGCCUAGUGAUGACGCUUUACGACUGGGACAAAAAGUGACCGACCUCUACGACCCAGUGGCCCGUGCUAAUUUCAGGGUUGUGAUAAUCAUUCCUGAUGAGGUUGAGCAGCUGGACUUGUCUAACCAGGAAGAUAUUAAACGGGAAAAGUGGACAUAUUUGGAAAGUGCACGAGAUCAGUAUUCUGGCCAUUGGGAACACACUGAAUUGUGGCCAUAA